AUGAUACUUUGCCCAAUCAUCCUACUGCUAGCCCUCGGCGGCACCGCAGUAGCAGCACAAGAACCUGGACGAGUUGUGCUAGAGUCGACAUCCAGCCUACCAGAAAACUGGAGAUUGUCCCAUUUAGCAGCGGAAAGUGACACUAUUGACCUCCGGAUCGCACUCAAACAACCACGAGCAAAAGAACUUGAAGUUAGACUGCUCGAGAUCAGCACAGACCCAUCUCACCCGCAGUACCGCCACCAUUUGACCCGGACCGAGGUUGCGUCGUACCAAUCGCCAGCUCCGGGAGUCGCUGAUGCAGUCGUGAGAUGGUUGGAGGAAAGCGGCGUGAGGGGUGUUGAGAGGAGCAGUGAUGCGGCUGGCUGGGUCGGCUUCACUGCGACGGCAGGACAGGUCAAAACCAUCCUCCAAGCGGAGCUGGGUUACUUUACACACGAUGGCGUCAACGAAACCGCCGUCCUCCGCGCCCCCAACUACAGCAUCCCUGCUGGCCUGGGGUCGAGCAUCGACUUUAUCUAUCCUCUGGCCCAUUUCAUGACACCGGCGAGUUUGCGUCCCACACCCCAGCCCCAGGACAAAGACAAGGGUGCAGCGGCCGGAGCUGGCAAUCAAUGCAAUAACGGCGUGCAGCCGUCUUGCCUUCGUGCCCUUUAUGGCAUCAACUACGUCCCCCCGGCCAGCCGCAAAGACGACAAACCAUCGCCUGCCCGGAUGGCUAUCGCCGGCUUUCUGGACCAGUACGUCAGUCCCUCCGACGUCGAAUCUUGGAUGCGGACAUAUGCCAGAAACGUCCCCGCCAACUACACUGCCGCGCUAGCCUUCGCCAACAACGCCACCAACGAUCCCUCCCACCCGGGCUCCGAGGCCGCGCUGGACAUCCAGUAUAGCCUCGCCCUCGCCUAUCCGGCACAGGUCAGCUACGUCCUGACCGGCGGCCGAGGCGGCAAGCUCGACGGCAACGGCAACCCGUUGCCCGAAGACAAGGCCGACAACGAGCCCUACCUCGAGUUCCUAGAGCAUCUGCUGGCCCAGCCAGAUGACCAGAUCCCCCACGUAGUCAGCAUCUCGUACGCCGACGACGAGCACACCGUCCCGCGCCCCUACGCCGAGCGCGUCUGCUCCAUGUUCGCCCAGCUCGCCGCCCGCGGCGUCUCCAUCCUUGCCGCUUCCGGCGACGGCGGCAGCACGGGGAUAGGUCGGUCGGGGUGCUCGCUGCCCGGCGGACCGGACGGCGCCCGCCGCCGCGCCACCAUCCCCACCUUCCCGGCGUCCUGCCCCUGGGUCACGGCCGUGGGCGCCACCGACAACCAGGGCCCACCGGUGACGGGCGCCUUCUUCAGCUCCGGCGGCUUCAGCAACUACUUUGCCCAGCCCGAGUGGCAGGCCGAGGCGGCGCGGGGCUACGUGGCCAGGCUGAAGAGCGGAGAGGUCUGGGACGGCAAGAGCCCGACCGAGGACAUGUACGACGCGGGCGGGCGGGCGACCCCAGACGUAUCGGCCGUCGGGGCCGAGUUCAUCGUGCGGCGGGACGGGCGGGACGCCAACGUCAUAGGCACUUCGGCGUCGACGCCGGUCGUCGCGGCCAUGGUGGCGCUGGUCAACGACGUGCUGUUGCGGUCGGGCGCCAACAGCACGGGCUGGCUGAACCCGGCGCUGUACUCGGCGCGGUUCCGGGGCUCGGCCGUCGCCGACGUCACCCAGGGGAGGUCCAAGGGUUGCUAUUUCCAGAACGCCACGACCGGGGUCGGCAUGACGGUCCCCGGUUGGCCCGCCGCUGAGGGGUAUGACCUGAUCACUGGUGUUGGCACCCCCAAUACUUUUGACAAAUUUUUGGCCGCGCUUCGCUGA